CAGCAUACAAAAACAACUAUUUACCACCUUCUUCAACUCCACAAUUGACACCACAAAAUACCCAAAUCAAAGGGAAAGGGGGUUAUUUCAAUAGAGGAAGGAUAGGAGCCUGCGUUUCGAAACCGGCUGCAGCGGCGGCCGGGAGAGCCUCUUCUUCUUCAAAGGAGGUGGUACAGAGGCUCUCGCAGCAGCCGCCGGCAAUUACAACACCAACAGCACCACCAACACCACCAACACCACUAACACCAUCAUCAAUAGCAGCAGCGAGUUUAGCUCAUACGAAAUCAGAGAGAAUGAAAGGACUUUUCAAGUCUAAGCCUCGUACUCCUGUUGAUAUUGUUCGACAGACGCGAGAUCUUCUUAUUUAUGUUGAUCGUACCGAUCUUUCCUCUGAUUCUCGUGAUGUCAAGCGAGAAGAAAAGAUGGCAGAGUUGUCAAAAAAUAUCAGGGAGUUAAAGUCGAUUCUUUAUGGUGAUAGUGAAUCUGAACCAGUAUCAGAAGCUUGUGCCCAAUUGACUCAGGAGUUUUUCAGAGAAAAUACUCUUCGUCUUCUGAUCAUCUGUCUUCCGAAGUUGAACUUGGAGACCCGUAAAGAUGCCACUCAAGUUGUUGCAAAUUUACAAAGGCAACAAGUUCAGUCACGGUUGAUUGCGUCUGAAUACUUGGAAAGAAACACCGAUCUUUUGGAUAUUUUAGUAGGAGGGUAUGAGAAGACAGACAUGGCCUUACACUAUGGUGCAAUGCUGAGGGAGUGCAUACGUCACCAAAGUGUUGCAAGAUACGUUCUCGAAUCGGAGCAUGUGAAGAAAUUCUUUGAUUAUAUACAACUUCCAAAUUUCGACAUUGCAGCUGAUGCUGGUGCCACUUUUAAGGAACUCCUGACAAGACAUAAAUCUACAGUUGCAGAAUUUCUUUCGAAGAAUUAUGAAUGGUUCUUUGCAGAGUAUAAUUCAAAACUACUAGAAUCUAGCAAUUACAUUACAAGGCGACAAGCUGUCAAGCUGCUGGGAGACAUGUUGCUGGAUCGCUCAAAUUCAGUUGUGAUGACACGCUACAUUAGCUCAAGGGAUAACUUGAGGAUUCUCAUGAAUCUCCUUAGAGAAUCAAGUAAGAGCAUCCAAAUAGAAGCAUUUCAUGUUUUUAAGCUCUUCGCUGCUAGUCAAAAUAAACCUGCUGACAUUAUCAGCAUACUGGUUGCCAAUAGAAGCAAGCUAUUGCGCCUCUUUGCUGAUUUCAAAACCGAUAAAGAGGACGAACAAUUUGAAGCAGACAAAGCUCAAGUUGUGAAAGAAAUAGCUGGGCUUGAACCUAGAGAUCGGACGUGAAUGAGCUCGAUUCGCCGCUUGUAAUCUCAUUUAUAUUAUUUAAAUUAAUUUAAUUUGUGAAUUAUAUAGUUCCAUAGCCAAUCAUGAGAAAGCUUCUCAUAUACCAUGUACUCUUCCCUAUCCUCUUCCCCUUUUCCUGAUAGUUUGUUGUGCUGUCAUUCUAUAUUUUAAAUAUAACCUUUUGUAGCAAAAUAACAAGAGAAAUAAAGAGAUUCAAAAAAUGAGUUAGUGGAGAUACUCAAAUUGUUUUCGAA